AUGUCCAUUAACGAGUUCAACAUGCACGUCGACUUUGUCAUGAAGGAAAAGGUCAACACUAUAGAGUAUCAGUCUACUCUAUGUGAGAAGUCGGAUAAUCUAAAGGAGGAGACCAUGUGGGUCAAGCCAACAGGACAAGCUUACAUGCCUAGGAUAGCGAAUGAUUUAAAGCUAAAGGAUCCAAAACUACAAGUAUUUGAAGAGGUGUUCCGGCUACUAAAGCCAGGAGGAGUGUUCAUAGUGAGUUUUAGCAACAGAAUGUUUUAUGAGAAAGCCAUAAGUGCAUGGAGGGAAGGGAGUGCUUAUAGUAGGGUACAACUUGUGGUUCAGUAUUUCCAAUCCGUGGAAGGUUUCACAGAGGCAGAGGUAUUUGAAGAGGUGUUCCGGCUACUAAAGCCAGGAGGAGUGUUCAUAGUGAGUUUUAGCAACAGAAUGUUUUAUGAGAAAGCCAUAAGUGCAUGGAGGGAAGGGAGUGCUUAUAGUAGGGUACAACUUGUGGUUCAGUAUUUCCAAUCCGUGGAAGGUUUCACAGAGGCAGAGGUCAAAUCCUUUUAUUAA